ACUUAUAAACACAUUCCCUCAGCAGAGAUCAUCAGUUGACACACUGCGUCUCAGACUGUAGACCGCUGACUGAGCGUCGAGGCUGGAAGUCUGUGAUUGUCCACCUGAGUCCAAGUAGAGACUCCUAAGUGUUGCAGCGUGGUCCUUUGGUAACCAUGACGACUGCAGAGCCCCCUAACGGACUGUCGCACAGAAACGUCAAGGCCAGUCAGUCAGAUGAAACCUCUGGUCAUGCUGAAGACCAUGAUAAUUUACAAGAGGAAAAUCUUAAACAGUGGCAGAAACAUGCACAGAAGGUGAAGGUGAAAGUUCUGGAGCAGGUCCAGCAUCAGCUCAGUGAUUUACUUGACAAAGCUCUGACUGAGUCCGUCCAGCCUUUUACCCCACUACAUCCAGCAGUUAAUGGAAAUACAUCAAAAAACCACUCAUCCAGGUCUCAGAGAAUGGGUGACGGCAAAGUGUUUAUGGACAGGCCAUCGCUGUUGGAUGAACUGUUUGAGAUCAACCACAUCAGGACCAUCUACCACAUGUUCAUCGCCGUUCUCCUCAUCUUCUGCCUGAGCACGCUGGCUGUCGACUUCAUUGACCAGGGCAGGUUGGUCCUGGAGUUCGACCUGCUGUUCUUUGCCUUUGGGAAGCUGGGGACGGUCACCUGGGCCUGGGCUGUGAUGUUUGUCUACACGCUGCUCGUUCCCUACUCCACCAUGGUGUUCUGGGGAUCUUUGUACCACAGCUUCCCCUCUAAGUUGGGGCUGUCUCUCGGGACGGGCCUGGCCCUGUCUGCAGUUCAGACCUGCGUACUGGGACUGUUCCCCAUCUAUGUGGCUGUACACUACCAGCUGCCACCAGCCUCGCGGUUGAUUGUGAUUCUGGAGCAGAUUCGAUUCGUGAUGAAGAGCUACUCGUUCAUGAGAGAAACCGUUCCUGUUAUUAUGAAGAAUACACCAAAGGAAGGAGAAAUUCCAAGAUCCCCAACAUUUUCCAGCUAUCUGUACUUCCUCUUCUGUCCAACACUCAUCUACAGGGAAUCAUAUCCUCGGAAUACCCACAUAAGAUGGAAGUAUGUCGGCACCACACUUGGCAUGAUCUUAGGAUGCCUGUUUUACGGAUAUUUCAUCCUGGUCCGCCUCUGUGUGCCCGUCUUCAGACCUAAGACCAACCAGCCGUUUAAUAAACGAUCGAUGGUUUUGGCUGUGUUCCACUCAAUAUUACCAGGUAUAAUGCUCCUUCUGCUGUGUUUCUUUUCCUUCCUGCACUGCUGGCUCAACCUCUUCGGGGAGCUGCUGCGUUUUGCUGACAGAAUGUUUUACAAGGACUGGUGGAACUCAACGUCUUUCGCCAACUAUUACCGUACGUGGAACGUCGUGGUUCACGACUGGCUCUAUUACUACGGAUACAGAGACUUCCUCUGGCUGUCGAAAAGGAGAUUCCGAACAGCUGCCAUGCUCUCCGUGUUCAUCGUCUCUGCUGUUGUCCAUGAGUACGCCUUGGGCAUGGGAUUCGGCUUCUUCUAUCCCGUCAUGUUCUGUCUCUUUGCCUGCUUUGGAGUGGUCUUCAACUUUACCAUGAACGACAAGCGACAGAGCCCCGUGUUCAACGUCAUCAUGUGGGCGUGUCUCUUCCUCGGUCAGGGUGUCCAGGUGUGUCUGUACUGCCAGGAGUGGUACGCUCAGAUCCACUGCCCUCGGACAGGGAAUGGCUUCUGGGAGUUUGUGACGCCUCGAUCGUGGUCCUGCAGCUACCAGAGCUGAUGAAGCCUUUCUCCUUGGCUGGAUGGAUGAACAAUGAGUAUGGAGUAUGGAGGUCUCAAAAUCCUGAUGGACUGAACACAGGAGAGAGCAAGGAACUUGACAGACAUGCAAAUAUACAUACACGAUUUUCUGCUUUUAUUUUGUGAAGAUUUUUUGUUUUGUUUUUAUCUUUAUGUUGUUUUUCAGAUGUAUUGUGAUCCGUAUGUCGCUGAUAACUCACCCCUGAAUUAUUCAGAUCACUUCUUAUUACGUUUUUAAACAUAGUUAUGAUGCCUUAUUAUCUGAUUAAAUCAGUGUAUAUUUAUAGUUAUAAAUAAGUAAUACAUCGUCAGAAUGCUUUAUAACAACAUUCAUAGCAAUAACAUUAAUAUAAUUAAUUAUAAUGUUUUAUAAUGCAAUUAUAAGUUGCUCUAAGUGGUCAUUCUCUGCUUUAAGUGAAGUAAAACAAAUGUACAAUGUUUUGUGUGUUCUUGCAUAGUUAAUGAUAUAUUUUUACUUUACUUAAAGCAAACAAUGACCGCUUUGACUUAUAAUAUUAUUAUAGUAUUAUGAUACUUGCAUCUUUUAAGUCAUUAAAAAAAUACGUUAUAAUGUGUUAUUAUCACUGUCAUAAAGCAUUAUUAAUAUUUAUGAGUGCUUAUAAGUAUACAUUGCUUUAAGCAGUAUUUUUUAAGCAUUAUGAGCAUGGGAAUCAUAGAAAGAGUUACCAAACUUUCUUUAAAAAAUGAUUGUAAUGGACAGUGGGUUUUUUUCAUGUGUUGAUUGAACAUCACACUGUAAACACUGUUGCACAUUAAUCAACAAGUAGCUUGAGAACGUUUUGAGAGUGCAAAUAUUCUGUGUACGGGUUAAAACGAAUAGGAUAUUUGCUAAAAAAUGUAUUGCCUUAAAAUGGAAAUCAGUUGUACCUGUCUCAAUUGGAAUGUGGCUCCCUGAAAUGAAUAGUUGUAUACCUUUAGAGAAAAUAACUUAUUGGUUAGGAAAUAAGAGUAAAACAUUUUACAACAUAUGGCAACCCUUUUUGGGUUAUAUGGGAAAUUUCCCAUCACACCAAACAGAUAGUGUCUUUUGUUAAUCUUGUAAUGGGGUUGUGAUUGAAUACCUGAUCCUUGGUACGAGAUGCUGUCCUCUGUCUCUCAAUGUUUGUUUAGUUAUAUAAUUUUAUGGUCAUUUUUGUUGUUGUUUUUUUACCUUGAGUUUGAGUUGUUUGUUUGUUGUCUUGCUGGCUUUGUACUGUAAUUUAUUAUUUAGUGGCUACGUGCCAUGUGUCAAUGUUUUUGUCCUUGAAAAAGCAAAAUAAAAUAUUUUAAAAAAACAAAAAACAAACAGGAUACAGUAUGGAAAUGAGUGACCUUUAGAAAUGCGUGUAGGUUCUUUGGACAGAGUCAGUGUAACUGUUUCCCCCUGUUACCAGUCUUAAUGCUACGCUAGGCUAAAUGCCUCCCGGCUCAUUACAUUACAUUACAUUACAGUCAUU